AUGAGCGACUGCAACGGCAGAGGUGUCAGCUGUGAGAACACCGGCACAUCCUUCAUUCUUAAAUUCAAAAAAGGUCUUUGGUUAGGCAGUGAAAAAAAUCCAAUAAAUGUUGAUGACGUCACUGAGGUUGAGAAAAUUUUCAGAACAUCAAUCCCUGCAGAAGAUAAUCUCAAUCAGUCUGCCACAAGUCAGUGUUUUAGUUUUAAUGAUGUUGUUUGCAAUCAGCUGGAAAGCCAAUAUGUGUCACUUGAUAAUUCAACUCCAAUUGCAAUGUUGGAAAAAAACGAAAUUGUUGGAAAAGCAUCAGAAAAUGACUUAUCAUUGGAUUUAAAAACUUUCUCUAGUCAAAAACCGAAAACAAGGAAGAGGAGAAAAUUUGUUUACUCGACAAGUCGAAUUAAAAGGUCAAGAAAGACAGUUAAUACUGAAUUGAAUAGGGUGGGAAGUGGUCUAAAUGCAAGUAAUUUUGUCAUUAAAACUGAAGGCCAAAUUGUUAAUUAUGAUUCUGACGAUACAGUUGACCUUGACACCAAUGCCAAUGUUAAUAUAUCUGUAUCGAUCGCCAAUUGCGCUUCUAGUGUUGAUCAGUGCGACAGUUUCGAUCUCACUGACGAAGACGUCGAUAAGAAAGAAAAUCUCUAUGACACCAUCGAUAAUCUAGUUAAUGAUGCUAAGAGUGAUAUCAAUACUGACGACAUCAACAACAUCAACAGUAACAAUAACGACAAUGACGAUCCCAGCAACAUUAUUAAUGCUACAGACAACAACAACAUAAAACCUGAUAGAAUUGAUUAUUACAAUAAUUACAACGCUGCAUGUUUAUCAGAUUACAUCAACAAAAACUGUCGCAAUGAUAUUAGUAACACUUGCAUUAACAUUCAAAAUAAUGAUAACGUCCACUCGGAUGCAACAGACACCAACAAGGGCAACGACACCAACAGCUUAAUUAAUGUUACCACUAAUAUCAAUGAAAACAAGAUAGCUGAUGAUGACAUCAGCAAGAGUGUUUGUAGUAGCAUGAAUGAUACAUACAAAAACAUCACCAACGACAGCAAUUUUAGUUGCACAUCGACGUCAAACAACGACAACAACGUAUACAACAAAAUAAGUCGUAAUUACUGUUACCUCAACAGUGCUUAUAACAUCAACAACAUUUUAUCCAAUGACCAGUAUAGAAGAGGAGAACCAAAAUUAAAUAAUGACAUCAACGGUGUCGUCCAUUUCAACUACACUAGCAACAGCAAUAACAUCAACAACAACAAUCUCAACAAUAUUGGUAACGUUAACAUGUAUGAAUACCCAAUUGUACCAGCAUACAACGAUGAUACAAAAAUACCUAUACACAAAAUUAACGCUAGCCAACAACAGUUCAAAUCAGAAUACAGACAUACAAGCAUUGACAGCAUCAACAACAACAAUGAUGAAAACAACAAGAACAACAACUUUUUUGUAUCAGAUACCAUUAAAAUGGAUAGAUACCUAUCUAAUGAUAUUAAAAAUGAUGGUAUAUCAUCAUAUAAUGAUACUGUCUUUAAGGAAGAUUACAAUGAUGAUAACAAGAAAUAUAUCAUCGAUGCCAAGAGUUUUGCUGUGGAUGACAGCGAACAUGAUAACAUCAACAGCUAUUUUAAGGGUUUCGAUGAUGUCAGUAACAGCAACAGCAAUAAUAACAUUAAUAAUAAUGAUAUUAAUACCAGCACAAACAGUCACAUCAAAAAGCAUUUUACUAAUUUUUCUUAUGGAAACAUAUGCAACUGGGGUAGUAGUAGUAGUAGUUAUUUAGUUCAUUACAACAACAACAACAACAUCUAUAACAACAUCAACAACCACAACAACAUAAAUAACAACAUCAACAAUGACAACAAUUUCUGCAACCCAACUACAUUCACGUCAGCAUCAUCAUUAUCAUCUACUACUACUAUUAUUACUACUACUACUACUACUACUAUCAUUACCACUACUACUACAACUACCUCUACUACUCCUAAUAUUACUACUACCACUACGACAAUGACAACUUCAGAUCAUAACGUUUACUCGCUCUAUGACCAGAGCCCAUGUUUGCUCACCAAGUUACUAACAUCAUCGACAUCAUUGCUACUGAACAAUGAUAACAUUACUUACUACCCGAAUGAUAAACCUUAUACUGAUUUCGAUAGUGGCGUCGAUUGUGCUCAUCGCGAGUCUAUUACUGCCGCUGAAGGCAGAUUCACUCACAAUAGUAUUUCCAGUGAUGAUUAUAUUAUGGUGAAGAAUAGUAUCAGUAAUAAUAAUAAUAAUAAUAAUAAUAAUAACAAUAAUAAUAAUAAUAAUUUUACUACUCUUAUUACUACUACUACUACUACUUAUAAUAAUAAUAUUAAUAUUAAUAAUAUUGGUCAGUAUUUUGAUACUAACAACAGUAAAAGUAAUGUUACUAUUGCUCCCUUUUCGUUACUUAAUUUUCUCAACACUGUGCUUGAGGACUGCAAAGUUGAUAAUGAUCUUAAUAAUAAUAACAGCAACAACAAUAUUAACAUUGGCAAUAACAAUGCCAACAAUAAUGACAUCAAUAAUAAUAAUAAUAAUAAUGAUAAUAAUAAUAAUAAUUUGAAUGGUAAUGAUGAUGUACUCAGUGAUGAUAACAGUGGAACACUAAGUCAUUUUAGUGAUGACGAUAAUGACGUCAUAGCUUGUUAUGAUGAUGAUGAUAAGAAUAAUAGUAAUGAUAAUAAUUAUCAAACUUUCAAUAGUAAUAAUAUUCAUAACAACGACAACAACAUCGGUGAUGGUAAUGAUGAUGUAAAUAUUAAUGAUAGAAUGUUCCCAUUGGGUGAUGAUAAUGAUCAUUUUGGUCGGGGCGAUGAUAAUGAUGACAGUCAAUUCUCGGAUACGGAUACAAUACCGCUAGAUAUACUAUCAGAUAUCAAUAGUAUCAUUGCAAAAGAUAACGACGAUGAUGAUAGCGAUAGCCGUGGUGGUGGUGAUAAUAGUAGCAUUGGUGAUGGUGAUCAUCAUCAUUAUCGUCGUCGACAUGAUGACGAUGACUCAAAUGUUACGAUAACUACUACUAUUACUUCUUCUUCAUAUGAAAAUUUUUACGAGGCUAUUGGUAAUAAUAAUAACAAUAAUAAUAAUAAUAAUAAUAAUAAUACAUUUCUUAUAAGUACUGCUUCCUCUAAUUAUGAUAGUAAUCCUAACUUUAGUAGUAAUAAUAAUAAUAAUAAUAGUAAUUAUAGUGGUAAUAGUAGUAGUAGAGAUAAUAAAUGUAAUUUCGUUGAUGCUAAAAGUUAUAAUAAUUUGAUUAUACCUGAUUUGAAUUUUUUUCCCGCCACCAACAACGACAGCAACCUAAGAAGCAUCAAAUGCGGCCAUGUAAAUAGCAUCAGUAACCACAUAAACUACAGUAACAACAUUAAUAGCAUCAACAACAAUUACAUCAACAAUAACGUAAACUAUAGUAACACUAGUUGCAUCAACAACACUAACAACAACUCAAACUACAGUUACAUAGAUAGCCUCAACAACAAUAACAUCGUAAGCUACAGUAACAAUAGUUGCAUCAACAACAAUUACAUCAACAACAGCGUAAACUUCAGUAACAUUAAUAGCAUCAACAACAAUAAAUGCAACUCAAACUACUGUUACGUAGAUAGCAUCAACAACAAUAACAUCAAGAACAGCGUAAGCUACAGUAACAUCAACAACAAUAACAUCAUCAAUAACAACAGCGUAAAGUGCAGUAACAUUAGUUGCAUCAACAGCAAUAACAUAAACAACAUCGUAAACUACAGUAACAUUGAUGGCAUGAACAAUAGUGUUAAUUUUGCUGCUGUAGUUUCUUCCAAUUAUGACAUUAACAACGUCAGUUUUAACAGCAGCCUCAACAAAAUAGUAAUUCACGAUGACAGCAAUAGCGACAAUAAUGAAAAUGAUUCGCUUGGUUCAUUUUUAACUGAGAACGACACUCGAAACGUCAGCAAUAUCACCGCUGACAUCAACAGUAUCGUCCCUAGCAUCAACAACAACAUCGGUGAGAACAUCAACAAAAAUGUCUUUAGCAUCAACAACGUCAUCCCAAAUAACAACAACAACAUCGGUGAAGACAUCAAUAAAAAUGUCUUCAGCAUCAACAACAACGUCAUCCCUGACACCAACAACAUUAACAUUGGAAGCAUCAACAACAACAACAGCCACAAUAGCACUGAUUAUGCUAAUGAUAACUUCUCAUUGCUUUCACAAUGCAUGGAUGUUUCAUAUAAUACUAAUGAUAGUAAUAAUAAUAAUAAUAACAUUAAUAAUGACAAUAGUUAUGAAGUCAUAACUGAUUAUAUUAAUCAAGUUAUCUCUUGCAACAACAACAACAACGAUAACGUCUAUUACAACCCAACAAAUAGGGUCAGUGUUAUUAACAUUAGCCCAAUUGAUAACAAUAACAUCAAUGAAUCUAUAAAUGGCUUUGGAAUUUCCAGUGUUCCUAUAAAUAGUCUGGAGAAUGCUAUAAAUAGCGUUUGCAGUAAUUAUUAUAGCGGUAGUAAUUAUAAUUAUAACAGUAAUUAUACUACUUAUGACCGUAGCCACUUCAGUAAUGUUGGUAGGAGUGGUUUUAUUAACACUGCUUUUGAUGUUACUACUGAUACUACAGCUUGUAGUAGUAGUAGUUGUAGUAGUAGUGACAGUGGUAGCAGUAGUACUGCUACUACUAUUACUAAUAAUAAUUUUACCCGUAAAAUCUAUAAUAAUAAUUAUGGUAACAAUAAUAAUGAUAAUUUGAUAAAAGUAAAUGAGGGUUAUGAUAGCAAGAGAAAUUUUGAUUUUAGUUUGACCUGCUUAAAAAUGGAGGUCAAUAAUAAUAGUAAUAACAAUAAUAAUAAUUAUAACAAUAAUAGUAAUAAUAAAAAUAAAGUUGUGGCCGGUUACAACAAAGACAGCAAUAACAAUAAAGAAAGUAUUAAUGACUUUUUUCAAGAUGGUAAAAUUGAAUUUGUAGUUAUGAAAAAUGAAAGUUAUGGAAUUUCUACUGCUACUACUGCUACUGCUUUUACUACUACUGCUGCUGUUACUACUACUACUACUACUACUACUACUACUACUACUACUACUACUACUACUACUACUACUACUACUACUACUACUGCUACUACUACUACUACUGCUACUGCAUCUACUACUUCUGCUGCUGCUACUACUGCUACUACUACCACUACUAUCACUACUACUACUAUUAAGAAUAAUACUAAUGAUGAUGAUGAUGAUGAUGAUACAGUUGAUGAAGUAUUCGAGAUAGUCGAUCUUGAUGAUGAUCACAUAAAUGUCGUUGCUGCUGCUGCUGCAAAUGACAGUAAGGCCUCUGCAGCUGACAGCAAUUGCAUCAACGUCAAUGGGAAUGAUUACAUCAACAUUUCCGCUGAUGAAAAUUGUGGUCUCUUUGAUAAAGAUGAUAGUUCUGCUGUAAUCACUGACGAUUCUGAUGCUGCUGUAGCUGCUGCUGAUAGCAUCAAUCACACUUGCAACAACAACAACAACAUCAGUAAUACUGACGACAACAAUAAAGAUGACGACAACAUCAACUAUUCAGACAUCAGCGAUAACAGCAGCAGCAACAACAACAACAACAGUUACAUCAACAAUCUUUCAGUCUCUGAUAUCAGUGAUACUGAUAACAACGUCAAUAAAGAAUCUCUUAUAUCCUAUCUGCCCCUUGCAUCUAGUAUUUAUACUACUGAUAAUACUGCUACUGCUAGCAAUACAUUCACUACAGUAAAUGAUACUUCAUAUCAUAUUAGCAGUAUAGACACAGUAAAUGAUAGUUUAUCUCACAAUGCUAGUACUACUUCACCUACAAUGAAUUAUACACCAUCCUAUGCAGACAAUACUUCGUCUUGUACUACAAAUAGCUGUACACUUGGUGUGGAUGUACCGAGUGGAUAUGUUUCUGAUGUGGUUGCUACAGUUGCUAGCAAUGUUUGCCACGGUGGAAAGAGUUUGAAUGAUAGGGAAGAGGUCAAAAUCUUAUCUGUCUAUAGUACCAACAACGGUAAUAAUGAUAAUAACAAUAAUAACGAUAAUAACAAUAAUAAUGAUGAUGAUGAUGAUAAAAAUAAUAAUAAUAACGUUAAUUGUAGCGAUGAUAUUGAUGAUGUUAUUAUCAAUGAUGAUAAAUUUGAUAAAACAGCCAUUAAGAACAGCAACAACCACAACAGCGAGCCAUCUACUUCAUCAGUGGAUAAUAUCAGAUAUACUGCUCGUACUACUAAUUCUAGUACUACUUUUACUAGCUUUUUGUUACCCAAAGUGAACAUACCAAACAUUAGUUAUUUGGUAUCUGAAGCGACCAAAGCAACCGCAGCUGCUGCAUCUACUACUUCUUCUGCUACUGCUACUACUUCGCCUUCUAAUAAUUCUGACAACAGCAACAUUAGCAUUACUGAAACAGAAGGGCUUAGUAGUGGAAAUACCAGAGGCAAACGAAAAAGAGGGAAGUUUAACAAAAAAUGGAUAAAAAAUUAUGAUGAUUAUGACCUGGGCUACCUCUUCAGGCGAGAAACAAGGAGUACUAAAUACAUUAUUAACGAUCCUUUUACACUUUACAGUGCUGCUACUGCUGCUGCUACUACUACUACUACUACUACUACUGCUGCUACUACUACUACUACUUCUAAGAUUAGUAGUACUAUUAUUACUACUUUUUCAACCCAUAAUCAAAUUACUAUAGCAAAUGUUUCUUCUAGAUUUACCACUACAGCAGGUGCUACUCAAGAGACGCCUACAAAUACUAUUACUACUUCUGCUACUGCUACUACUACUACUACUACUACUACUACUACUACUACUACUACUACUACUCUGAAUAUUAGCUGUAAUAAAGACGGUAUGACAUCAUCGAGUAACAAUGGCAGCAAUAGUGGCUGUGGUGGUGUUUUUGUUAGCAGUAGCAAUACUAGCGCAUUCAACCUUUCUGACAGUCAUAAUGACGAUUUCGAUGUUACAAAUCAUCAAGUAAACAACAUGAGUGGCGAUGAAGAGGAGAGAAAUGAUGACGCCGACAGUUUUUCCGUGGAUGACGUGAUGGAUGACGUCACAAAGGUUAAAAGUAAAAGUCGGAGAGGUAAGAAGAGAGGUAGAGGCGGGGGAUUGUCGAAGGGCCAAUCGGCUAAAACGUCUAACGCUAAAAAGUCUUUCUCCCGCCAAAAUAGCAAAACUCCAAAGAAUAAUAACCUCGAAAUGAAUACUGAUGACGAUAACUCGUUCCCAACUAAUUUGAGAACGGUUUCUGUGUUACUGUCUAGGAAUGCAACAGCAUCAGUUACAACUCAACCAUUAACUUUAACGUUACCCUCACCAUUAUCUAAUCAGCUUCCUCCCACACCACCAUCAUCAACUGUUUCACUUUCUUCUCUGAUGUCGUCACCAUCGCCGCUACAACUACUUCCGCUAUCAUCAUCAUCACUGACGUCAUCCUGGUUGGCGCCAUUACAAAUAGCAGAUGAUUUCCGGAUACAUUUGACGGCGCAGACCUGUAAGUGGCUGGAGGCGUGUGAUGCUCUGCAGCCUUAUGUUCGUCUCGUUUUCCUUCCAUUCGAGAACUUGAAGAAGUUGAUGAUGAAGAGAGAGAGGAUGGAGUCUAGUGAUAUUUUUGAUGAUGUUGCUACCGCCACAGCUGCUGCUGCUGCUAACGAUAACAGCUGUGGUGUUUUUGUGAAGGUUGAGAAGAUAGAGUGUGUGAAGUUAAAUGAGAUCGAGCAGAAGGUCUUUGGUGCUCGUGAACAAACAUCAUCUUCAUCUUCGUCGUCGUCGUCCACUUCAUCAGCGUUUACUUCAAUCGUUACAUCAACCGCCACCUUUCCUGUCAAGACUGCAUUCGUUACAUCAACUACCAGUACUGAAACAUCAGUAGCGGCUACGUCAGAGCCAUCUAUGGCCUCACGUUCACCAACAACAACGUCAACUGAAGCCCAGAUACUUCCGGUAAAAAACAACAAGAGGUUUAAGCAGGAGAAACAAAACACAUCACCUGGAAAGAUCCCAAGAACGAAAUCUCUGACGCCUCCCCUUCUGAAAAAAAUAGAGAAAACGAUCGUAGAAAUGACGUCAUCCUCAUCUCCAUCAUCGUCGAAAUCCGUAUCAUUGCAUUCAACUGUCUCAGCGUUAUCUCAAAAUAAAGCCAAAACACCAGUGUAUCAAAAAACACCACUUCUUCCAACUUCAUCGUCGUCGUCGUCGUCGCCACCAGCGCCUCAACUUAAUCGUUAUCGGCCAGGCUUAACGCCAUUUUUCAGACCGAAUCCAAAUUUUCUUGUAAAUAAAUCUCUUCAAUACUUUCCCCAACGACCUCCACUUCAAUUCGGCAUUACUGCAAAUAAUUUUACGAGGAAUUCAAUGUCAAAACCGCCGUCGCAGCUCCCACGCUUGCCACAACCACGGCUAUCAGAGGUUACUCCGUAUGCUCUUCGUUAUCGUCAGCCUCCCCAUCCUCACCUUCCUCUUGCACUUCCCGCUCGACACUCCAUGAAGUCAAAUGUUCCUUCGUCUGCCAUGAGAACUUCUGCUACAACAAUUUGUACUACAACAACUUCUACAAUUACGGCUGCUACCAGUUAUAGGACUGUUACCAAUAGCAGCAAAAAUACUGUUAACAAUGUAAAUGGCAGCAGUAUCAGCUGUAGUAGUAGCAGUAGUGGUGGUCAUCAAAAAAGUAAUUCAACACGGAAUUCAACACUGUGGUCUCCUCGUCCAACGCGUUCGUCAUCAUCGUCGUCGUCGUCAUUGUCCUCCUUGAUAUCGUCGCCAUCCUCGUCAGCUGACCAGCUACCAACAAGACAUCAGCAGCAGCAGCAGCUGAAGCGGCAGCAACCAGCCAAUGAGCUGUGUCACGUUUUUAAUAGAAUGGAAGUAGAUCGCGGUAAAAGCGUCCUGAACUUGCCGUGGAUGGUAAAAAACCGGGGGCACGACCCGCUGGGCCUCGAAGACCCCGACGACGACGAUGACUAUAAUGACGACAGUUACGACACCCAAAACAGCAAUAUCAGAAAUGGUGACGUCAUGUUAAAUAGUGACGAAACUAUCACUUCAGUCGGAGUUAAGGACGGCAUGUCAAGCUGUGAGAUGGUGAGUGGGAGAGUGCAGUUCAUGAGGACGACGGCUAGUAGGAGCAGCAUCAUCUAUGAAGAUAUCAAUGAUGGUUUUAAAUUUGAUGAAAUGAGUAAGCUGAACUCUGGCACUGACAAAUGCCUAGCUGCUGACGAUACGGACGAAGAGAUAUUGAGGAAGAGGAUGAUGAUGACGGUGAGUGAAGAGGUGAUGGCGGUAAAAUUGAACGAGGAGCUUGAUGACGUCAAAGUCAUGCUCAACAUUCAAAUGCGACUCGCUAACUUGCUGAGUGACGAAAAUGACGGUAGUGGUGAUGAUGAGGAUCGCCAUCGUGCUGCUGAUGAUGAUGAUGAUCGCGCUUGUUAUGGUGCUAGUGAUGAUGGUGACGAUCGUGUUGUAGUGAAGAGGAGCGAUAGUGAAUAUGACGUCAUUUCAGAAGGAGAGGAGGACGUCAAGUUUAAAAUUGAAAACAACGACAUCAGAAACAACAACAACAAUAAUAAUAAUAGUAAUAAUAAUAAUAACAAUAACUGCGGCGGGCCAUCAUCAUCAUCUACUGCCAUCAAUUCUUACUCACUUACUCGUCAUCACCAUCAUCACCGUCAUCACCAUAGUCAUCGUGGCUGUAGCUCUUCACGUAUAGCGGUAGCGACGGCAACUGCUGCUGCUACUGCUGUGGCAGCAACGCUAGCUUCCGAUUCCGACGUUGAUAGCGUUAACUCGGAAGGAUCUUAUAGCUCGUACCUGUCGUCGUCCUCUUCAUCGCUACUACUGACCCCCUCGCCAUUCGAGAGCCCUUCGCAAUAUCGACCCGUACCCUACCCUUCGAUUCGUCGUAGAAAGAAUAAUAACAAUAACAACAACAACGGCGGUAAUAGUAAUAAUAAUGAUAAUGAUAAUAAUAAUAAUAAUAAUAAUAAUAAUAAUAAUAAUAGAACCAAAUCAAAUCUCUAUGACGCUGGGAGGAGAUCUAAUUCCGGCAUGUUUGAAAAUUAUGAUGACUGGCUCAGGCACGAUACGCACUAUGAGCCGAAUUUUGGCACUAAAAGGUACAACUAUAACAACAACAAUAAUAAUAAUAAUAAUAAUAACAACAACAAUAAUAAUAAUAACAACAACAAUAAUAGUAAUAAUAAUAACAACAACAAUAUUAGUAAUAAAAAUAGGAAUAAUAAAAAAUUGGAAUUCUCCACUCGCGGCUAUAGUAAUUUGUUUUACCAGAAUAUCGACGAUGACGACGCAGCAGCUCUAGCUUCAUCACCAUCAGCUAGAUCGGAGUUAAGGGAAGAGUACAGGAUGAUGAUAAAAAGAGAGAUGUUAGGCUUCGUGCAGAAUGGUGUGCUGUCGAACGACAAGGCUCUUAUUGCUGCCGAUAAGAUCUAUAAUGAGAUCUCAUCUCGCACCAGGCUGCCAAAAAUCAAAAAAGAAUACGAAGAUGGCGAAUGCGACGACAGUGAUGAUGAUGGUGAUUACAACUACAAUAAUAAUAAUAAUAACAACAACAACAAUAAUAAUAAUGUUGCUAUCGAUGAUGUCUAUGAUCUUAUAAAUAAGUACGUAAGCCAGUACAAAAGCGCGCGAUAA